AUUUACAAACCUUUAACAACACCCAAAUCAUGCGGAGAUACAAGUUCACACUAUGUUCCAUACUAUCGGCUGUACUGAUGGGUGUGACUGGGCAAACAGACAAGCCGCUGGUGACGGGUUCUGCGAGAAUGGAGCGCUUGCACAUUGAAUCUAUUGAAAAUACCGACGAAGCCAAGGAGCAAGCCCAGGCUGUGAUUUUCGGGGGUUAUGAAGCCAAUAGCAGGUAUCCGUGGAUUGGUUCUCUGCAACUGGCAGAGUCUGUCGACGCCACCGAAUACUACCACAUCUGUGGGGGGGCUCUCAUCGCACCUAAUUGGGUCCUAACUGCGGCCCAUUGCUGGGUACAAGGAGCCACCGACAAUCCCAAUCGCGUGUGUUUAGGCGGGAAUGAUCUGCGCGCGCCCUCGCAGUUCGAAUGCCACACAAUAAUCGAAAACAUCAUUCAUCCGCAAUGGAACAACGCAUCCUUUGAGAACGAUCUAAUGCUUAUCAAACUGGAGACUAGCUCGGAGAAAGAGCCUAUUAAGCCCAAUCAGAGCCAAGAUAUGUAUCAGCAUCUGCAGGAGUUCGAGCUGAUUGGCUGGGGUGCGUCCCAAUACUCAAGCGGAGCAGCCUCUACGUCACUGAACGGCAUCGGCAUGAUGGUGGACUAUUCCUCGGAGUGCAGUAUCUUCUCUCAGCCACUGACAAAUCCACUGAAGAUCACACAGUUCUGUGACUACGGCCGCAUAGACCAGGGUGGAUGCAAUGGAGACUCAGGAGGACCGGCUUUCCGGCAAGACGGGGACAAGUUCUACGUACUAGGCGUGGUGAGCUUUGGUAGCCAAGACUGCGCCGAUGGAAACCCUGGGGUGUACACAAAGAUCGCAGACUACGUUGAUUGGAUUGAGUCACACACCGAACCCUGGACCUGGGCGGACGAUUGCGCCACCUUAAAGCCGUGUCUGAAUGAGGGCGUCUGCAAAGACUGUGACUGGCAGGGCUGUUACAACGGCCAGGGCUACUACUUCUGCACUUGCGCCAACGGAUUCAGUGGUACUAACUGCAACGACACAGGCACACCAUGGGUCAACAUGAUCGCCGCAGCUCAGGUCCGUACCUCGGCGAGAGCGGCGGGUGUGGUGUGGGCAGAGGAGCCGUUUAACGCUGCAGUAGUUGCACGCGUGAACACGGCUCUGUAUACUACGCUUGCUGCGUGUAUUGCUGUGCUUUGGCUAAUAUAAACACCGCGCCGAAAACCCAGCAAUCUGCCGAGGCAAACGACGACGAUGACUAUAUACAAGCGACCGAUUCUGCAGGCACCCACACCAUAGUUGGCUACGGGGCCAUCGGUCUGAGUGUCGGCGUUGCCAUGGCAACGGCCCUCAUGUAGAUAUCCCGUCCCUGUCUACGAGGGAGUGAUGCGAUGUGUUUGAUAGGGAUAGGGCAAAGCGGUGGUGUCUUGCGGCAAGGACUUGCAUAGAGGGGGGAGUGUGCUCGCUUGGGGGACGAGACUUACUUCUGUAGGAUACAUUUACACCCACAUGCCCAUGCGUAUAUGCACGUUUAUUUUGAAUAUAUACGCAUGUAUUGUACAUACAUACACAUGAAGUUCACAUACAUACACAUGUAGUUCACAUACAUACACAUGUAGUUCACACAUAUACACCACUAUGUCACUUGCAUCCUGUUGUACAGUAUGGAGGUUGGGGACGCACACGUACAUAGUAUGUGCGCAUAGCUAUAUAACUUGCAUUGUACUAGGCAAGUACAAGCAGUACGACUGCAUGGUCACAUACACAGACUAAGCUUGUCACAGGUACACAUACGUAGAAACUCGCACACACACACAUAUAUAUAUAUAUAUAUAUAUAUAUAUAUAUUAUAAACACACAUCUGUAUAAAGAUAUCAGGUUUACAAUCAAACGAUACGUGUGCUACCGGUUCACCAAGAAACAAUAGUAUCUCGAUAGUGGUUUCCGGUUGUUAUGCGUAGUCACCGAUAUGAUUCCCUAUGUCCCCUUGUGUAUUGUAUGCAAUGUUAGAUAGGCCUCGGCUGACCUACCUCGUUUAAAAAAAC